AUGUAUGGUAAAUGUAAAUUGGGGUAUGGUGUUGUUGGGUCUUCCUCUUCUGGAGCUGCACUUGCUUCUUCAGCUGUUGGUGUUGCACUGGUUUUUCGGCGGCCUAGAUUCUCUUCACGGAUGCGUUCUGCUGUUGUUCUUCCAAAUUAUGUUGAUUUUAGCGAUUGUGAUUGCGUCUGUGAAUAUUGUGGAGCGUAUUUUUGGUUUGAGGAAAGGAGUCUAAAGUUGUCAACAACUCAUCAUCCUAGAUAUGGUCAUUGUUGCAAGUCUGGUGAUGUUAUUCUCCCUUAUCCUUCUUCUUUCCCGCCUGAAUAUGUUGCACUUUCUCAUAGCGAUCGUUUUUUGAGGGAUAUUAGGGCUUAUAAUAAUAUGUUUGCUAUGACGUCUUUUGGGGCUAAUGUUGAUGAGGAAAUAAAUGAUGGUCGUGGUCCGUAUGUGUUUAAGGUUUCGGGUAUCGACUACGUAAUGUUCAAUUUUCAUAUGUUACUAAACAUAUGUUCAACGGUAAAUUAG